CUUCCAAAGGCUGCAGGAAGUACAAAACCGUCACCCCUACCCCUGGUGCUCUUUUUCUACCACAGUCUUGUUACGAGGUACUCCCUGCAGCAAGUGAAAUCGUGACAUUACCACUCAACGGCUUUUUGACAUCAUACCUUGUUCCGAGGGGAAGCCUCUGCCUACCCUACGUUAUUAAACCCUUUUUCAACCCUGGGCCUUUCUUCGAGUCCCUCCUUGAAAAAGCCACACCUCGCACCACCUUCAACUGUGACACCGCAGUUUGAUUAUGCCACGAGAUUUCCCUCCCGAAUCGCUGAGAGGAUCACGCAAGAUGCGCAAAUCAAGUGAUACUGCUCGGGACCAACGGGUCCGCCAUCAGCCUUUUGAUGGCGUCCACGAGGAGCGUCAGAAGGAGUCGAAGAUGAAGACCAUGCGCCAGCAUAUCAUCGCCAUGAUCGGCGAGUUCGCCGGAACCUUCAUGUUCUUGUGGUUUUCGUUUGCUAUCGCUCAAACAUCAUCCGCGACAGGCACCGUGGCUGGCACUCCGGCUGCCGUCACCCUUACAUCGUUGGGUUUCGGUUUCUCGCUGCUCGUCAACGUUUGGGCAUUCUACAGAAUCUCGGGCGGUCUGUUUAACCCGGCUGUCACACUAGCUAUGGUCAUCACUGGCAAUCUCCCCUGGUUCCGCGGCCUGUUGUUGCUCCCCAUGCAACUCUUGGGUGCCAUCGUGGCUGCCGCGUUGGUCAAGGUCAUGAUCCCAGUACCCUUGGCUAUCAACACUGAGUUGUCCAACGGCACCACCCCGGCACAGGGUGUCUUUAUCGAAAUGUUCUUGACUGCUCUACUCGUCUUCACAAUCCUCAUGCUCGCCGCCGAGAAGCACUACGCCACAUUCAUGGCACCCGUGGGUAUUGGUCUAGCACUCUUUGUCGCCAUGAUGGCUGGUGUGCACUGGACCGGAGCGUCACUCAACCCUGCUCGCAGUUUCGGCCCCGCCGUGGCCCAGCCUCACUUCCCCGGAUCCCAUUGGGUUUACUGGGUCGGCCCUCUCCUGGGAGGUCUUCUCGCCGCCGGAUACUACCAAUUCUGCAAGUUCUUCAAGUAUGAGGAGGCCAACCCUGGCCAGGACGCCAUCGACGAGAAAGAAAAGGACAAGGAAUCCGAAGGCGCUCAGGCCCCUGAGCACCCGCCGCGUGGUUGAGUGGCUUUUGCCAAGUUUGCCCCAACAUGCCCAAACACGGCUGGAGGCUUCAAGGUGUCUGGUUGGGAGGCAAAUUGUGAACCAUAAACAACAAUGCUGGUGAUAGAUUGG